AUGUUUGGUUUAGGCCAAGGAAUUGCUUAUGUAGUUGCUGUUUCUUGUGUUAUAAAUUGGGCGCCUAAAAUGGUUGGGCUUGGUUCUGGUAUUGUUGCGGCCGGUUUUGGGAUUUCCUCUUCCAUUUUUGCUCCGAUUCAGACAAGAAUUAUAAAUCCACACAAUGUCGCCCCAACAAGUGAUGGAUAUUUUAAUGAUCCUGAACUUUUGAGCAGAGUUCCAGGAAUUUUUACAACUUUAAGUAUUGUCUUUUUUAUAAUGCAAUGUAUUGGGCUUGUUUUUAUUUGUGAUCCACCAACAGAAUUUGCUCGCCGUUUUCUCGUUCAUGAUUGUACUUCCUUAAUUGACAUGGCUUGGCUUUCAAAACGCCGAUCACAUUGGCUAGCAUCAAAUGGCCCUCCACUUCUUUCAAGUGGCUGGGCACAGGCAAAGCUGGGAUUGACUCGAGUAGAACAAUUUGGACGGUAUCAGUAUUCAAAAUUAACAGCAGAUGACUCUGAUGAGCAAAAAAAUAUUGUCCCAGAUAAAUUAACGGAGCUUGAACAUUCUCUUAAAGAGGAGGGAAACUUAACAAAUUCGUUUCCUACACCUCCCAAUGAAUCAGCUGAUUCCGAAGAAUUAGAAAUUGAAAAACAAGGUCUUCCCAUUUCUUUUGAUCCUUAUCAAAUGCUACAAUCCUCAACAUUUGUUUUUCUUUUUAUUUCUCUUUUUUGUUGUUCUUUUUAUGGAAAUUUCUUUUAUAAUCUAUACAAAACAUUCGGCGAAACUUUUAUUGACGAUGACUUUUUCUUAGCAAUGGCUUUUAGUCUCGGUUCCAUUGCAAAUGCCAUAGCAAGGGUUGGUUGGGGAUUACUUACUGACCGAACAAGUUUUCAGACAUCCCUUUGUAUGGCAACAUCGUUGGCAACAGUUCUUUUACUUACAAUGCCCCUUACAGCACUUGCAGGGCGUUAUGUUUAUCUUUUAUGGUUAAUUUUAAUGUUUGUUUGUUUGGCAGCAACUCAUGCCCUUUUUAUCACAGCAAUCGUUCGUUGUUUUGGUUCCCAACAUAAAAUUAUUAAUUAUGGGUUUUUAAUUCUUUCGACGACUCUCAGCGGCAUUGUACUUGCUAUUGGAAGUGAGUACUUUCUGCAUUCAAUUGGAUAUAAUUGGGCUUUCAUUCUCACAGCUUGUUUUCCAUUUAUUGCUUUCCUUCUGACAUCCGCUAUUCGAAUUACUCCACAAGGCCAUUUGAUUGUCUCGAAAUAAAUAUAACAAAAAAUUUCAAGUCUUAUUUUUCUAAACCCCUUUCUAGCCAUGUUUUUUCUUUGCCCUGUGAUGUUUUUGUGAUAAUCUUUUAAGCUAUAUUUAUAUCUCAAUUUAUUGCUUCUGCAUAUUAUAUGUGUAUUAUUUUAUG